AUGGCUGCUCCGGCUGAAAUGACUUCCGGCGACCUCAGCGGCCAGUACUGGAUGAACAAGUCGCUGAGCGACGAUACGGAUGAUAUCUUGCGUUUGCAGGGCAUGAGCUGGUGGACGCGCCAAGCUAUCAGAAUGGCGACUGUCUAUCUCACCGUGAGGCACUACAAGGACGAUAACGGCGUCGAGCACAUCGACAUCGACCAGGUCCUCACCGGUGGCAUCGGCGCGUCCAACGAGUACCGCACCCUGGAUUGGACCGAGCGCCCGCACGACGACAAGAUCUUCGGGUCCGUACUCUCCAUGAGCCGGCGCACGCCCAUCGAGAACGUCGAGCGGGAGUGGCUGAAGAAGGACUGGCUGCCUGAGACUCUGGCUGACGGCCAGGUCAUCAACACCAUCGCGCGAACUGACCCCGAGAAGAACGGAAACAAAUGGUCUUCCGAGCAGACCUGGGGAUUCGAAGAUAUUGGCGGUGGGAAACGCUAUGUUCGACACGUCUACUUCCAUGGUCCCGGCGGCGAGGAGAUCAACGUACGCUUGGUGUACGACUACAGUGAGUUAUGCCUGCAUGUGUGCUCUGUUCGGUCUGACCAGGACUCCCCGUUAGCUGGGCCUGUCUGA